CUCACAAUAUAUUUUUUAAUUUACUAUAUAAGUAGUUAAAGGGAGGAGUUCACAGUAUCGCAAGUAUGAAGGCCCACCUUGUGAGAGAAAACUCUAUCUGGAAUAUGAUGUUAUUUGGCAAGGCAAGGGAUGUUGUUGUCACACCAAAUCUGCCACAAAGUGCUUUUAAAGAUGAUAAGAAAGAAAACUAUCAAGAAGAGCCUUUAAAAUUUGCCAAGGAGUAUUAUUCUGAGAAAGUGCAACCUUAUCAAUUUGAACCAAGGAACUCUUCCAGAUUCUCCUUGAAAAACAAGAUUUUCCUAGUUAUUAUUGGUGCUUUAUUGUACUUUCAUUUAAACCCAUCGGUAUCAUUUUUCCAUACUUCGAACUUUAGCUCUCUCAAUUACAUCCAAGAUAUUGUUGAUGAUGGAGAACUUGUCUUUGGUGCUUUUAAUGCAUCUACUCCUAGUGUACCUCCUACUGAAGUUUUCGCAGUGUCAUUCCCGCUACUUGAAAACCCAGUGUAUGGUACUCCUGUACACUCAUCUAUCCUUGUGAACCACACUUUUGGUAAUUCAUGGGGUCAUCCUGCAAUUGCCAACUACAGUCCACCAGCUGGAGUUAAAUUCAAUAAGGUCGUAUUGACUCUUAAUACUUCGGUUACUGGUGUACAAUACGAUAGAUUGGCCAAUUUGUUUGUUGGAGGUGCACAAAUUUGGAGAACUUCCACUGCUGAACCAGGUGGGAAAGAAGUUUUCUCCUCCUUCAGUAAAGAUGUUUCCAAAUACUUGAGUUUAUUCACCAAGGACUCGAAAGUGGUGUUCCAAUUAGACAAUUUACUUACUCCAAGAUUAACUGGUUCAUUUGAUGUUCAAUUGAUUGCCCAUUUCUAUGAUUCUCCAAUCAUUGUAUCUGAAAGUGGUAAUGUUAAAUCUGUAAGUCCAUAUGGUAACGGAACCAAGUAUGAUUUACUUUCUCAUACUCAACCUGCCUCUUCUGUCUUCCCAUUGAUUUCUCUGGGAUCUAAUUCUGGUAAACCUCCUUUGGCUUACUUACCUUCAGAUAAGAUUCACGUCAAUUUGCCAACAUUCUCUCAAAAUACAACUAGAUUGACAUUAUCUGUGUUUGUGUCUGGUAACUCUGCCGAAGAGUUUUGGUAUACUGAUGUUUUGGAACAAUAUACCCAUCGUUUCGAUCAAUAUGGAAAGACUUUAUUGGGACACGGACCUGUCCGUAUAGUCAACAUUUUUUUCAAUGGAGAAAAGAUUGCUACUCAAUCUCCACAACCAUUUAUUUUCACUGGAGGUAUUUCACCUGCAUUAUGGUCACCAACCGUUGCCAUCGAUGCAUUUGAUUUACCAAGCAUUGAAGUUGAUCUCACGGCAUUGUUGCCACUUCUUUGGGAAAACCAAAGCGUAGAAGAUAGAUUUAUUGAAAUUGAAGUCAGUAAUGGGUACGAUGAACUUAGUUCAACUACAACUCCUCAAGGUGGAAUUGCUGAAAAUUGGAUUACAUCUGCUAAUGUUUUAUCUUAUGAAAACUCUAAGGUUGUUGGUGCUACUGGAGAAAUUAAGAAUAUUACUGAUGACAUUGACAUCACUACAUUUGCAAUCUCUCCUCCAUUCUCUGGAUUCCUUCAACAAAUUAUCCAUGGAAAGGCAUUUGCUGAGAUUACCAGUAGCUUGAACUUUACCUUGGUAGAUGGUUCUAUUCUUGAUACCACUAUUUCUCUGUUUACUGAAGCCCUGAUUACCAAUAUUCAAAGUUACAAGAGUUUUGGUGAAAAACAAAGUUUGGUCCAUGUUGGAGGUUCUGAAAAGUCCAUUACAUUUGUAGACAAUUCAAUUGAUGAAGAUUCAUUGUCUACAGUUAUGAAGAAGAAACAUAAAGAUCAUAAAUUGGCUAACAACACUAUUCUGCAAGUGAAUACCUCUUAUGCUUAUCCUCUUGUUGCUCAAUUAACUGAGAAGAACUACACUGUAAUCCCGGGACACGUCAAUAUUGAAUAUGACGUCCAAUUGUCCGUUGUUAAGGGACUCGAAGUAUCUAUUGAUGGAACUAAGGCCCACAAGAUCAAGAAUGAACAAAAUGGUACUUCAACCUACUUUAUCACCAGUGAUGGCAACCAUGGAUCUGGUUCAUUAGAUACAAAGUAUAAGGUUCUUCUGGACUCUCCAUUGCCAUUAUUCAACUACGAAAGAGAUGUGAGUGCAGUCAACGGAACGGUCUUAUCGGACGUUGUUAAAGGUGGUUUCAAGAAGUCAGGAUCUGCAAGUGUACCAGAUUUUGUUGUACAUUCUGAUCAAGGUGACAUCAAUAAUGCAGGAUCUAAUUCAAGAGAAACAGACUAUGCAUUAUUUGCUAGUCUCAUGGCUGAAAGUGAUCUUUCAGUAAAGCAAAUUUUAGAAAUUGCUGAAGAAUGUAACAUUCCUGAAAUCAUUACCGUACUCGAAAACGAAAACUCUCAUUGUUCUCACAUGAGUAACGAAAGAGUUUCACAAUACCCACCUCCAAAGGAGCAAAAGUUCAAGAAAUUAGGAUAUUCGAUGAAACAUCAAGUUUAAACGUCGUUAGCUUAAUAUUUUUAGAUUCCUUUAAAUUUUUUUUUUUUUUUAAUUCUGUCUAACUACAAAAUUUUGACACUAUAUAAUAUAUGAUUAAUAAAUACUUCUAAAUUUAA